GGUUGCGAUCAUCUGGGCACACUUCUGAGAAAUCUGUGCAGACAAAGUGAAAAGUGCAAGUGGACAAGGACAGCAAUAUGUGGCGCCUUCAGCUCUUUCUGAUUCUAUCUACCGGCUUCCUCAUACCGUUCGAGGCGAAGCCAACCACGACCUCAACAGCGGCUCCAACCACAGCGUCGUCGGCAGCGGCUAGAAGAGCUGGGAAUAUCGGACGACUGGCGGCGAAGGACCUGGCUGAUCUGCUUGUGGCCAGCAUGCAGGCGCGAGGCAUCAAGCUAUCGGACUCCCAAGAAGCGACGGUCAAGUCCCUGCGCGACAUGGAAGCGACGGAGCUGCAGGCCGGUGCUGUGCUCCUGCAGGUGGGCAUGGAUGUGAUCAUCGAUGUGCUGAUUGGCAGCAGUGCGAGCGGCAGCUGUGAUCGCGUCAUCAAGGACAUCAAGAGGUCGACGGAUAAAAACAGCCUGACGCUCAGUCUGAAAUCCUUCCUGGCCCUCUGCUCCUUCAACAGCAUCGAGUGCUCGCAGAAGCAAGUGGUGCAGAUCAUCAAGAGCACGACAUCCGUCAAGGCUUCCGACCUACCCAUGCUGGGCAGUCGCAGCACGCGCACAGCCCUCCAGCAGGCGGACAAAGCGGCCAACAUCAAAGGCGACCGCGAAUCGAUUGUCAAUUUCCUGCAGCAACGCAGCGUAUCCGAGCUGAGCGCCAUAUUGAGCACCCUGCUCCAAGUGUGCGGCGCCUCCACCGUCGAGACUCAGCGAAUUGUGCAGAAUCUGGUUGAGAUGGGUCCCAAGGACGACAGCAAGGAUUCGGGCGUCAACGUGCUGCAGAUCAACGGAUUUAGCACGCUAAUUAUUUCCCUAACCGACAGCUUGACGUCUAUUGCGAAUGGUAACAAGAGCGGCUUCUGUGCGGCCACGCCAGACAGUUGGAUUGUUCGUCUGCUGGACAUGGGCGUAGCAAAGGUCAUUAUCAUGGGUCUAAUGACCGCACUCGAUCGCUCGCUGCCCACAACCUCCAACACGCUGAUACAGCAAUCGGCGAACUUGGUUAAUCCUGAUGUACCCCUUGGCAAGGACGCACCCACCGCCAAGCGUUCCAGUGGCUCUCUUCCUGUUGUUGGCGGCCUGCUGGGCGGCUCGCUGCCUCUGAAUAUUGCCAAUCAAGGAGGCAACUCGAUUACAACUGGUGCCAAGAAUAUUAUCAGCGGAAAUAACAAUUUCUUUGGACAACUUGUCGAUGCCAAUAUUCCCGCCGCUGUGGAUGCCAAUGUCUUGACCAAUACCGUCGGUACGGUGACAGGCUCCGGUGCCGGAGGUGCCGCUAGCCCAGUCAGCGCGCUGUCUCGAAAUAUUGCCAACCAGGCAGGCAACGCGAUAUCAACUGGUCCCAGAAACGUUGUCACCGGAGAUAACAACUUCUUUGGACAACUGGUGGAUGCUAAUGUCCCUGCGGCUGUGGGUGCCAACAUCCUGACCAACACUGUGGGUACAGUGACUGGCUCUGGUGCCGGUGGCAAUCCCGUCUCAUCUCUACUUUCCUCCGGCAGCUCUAUCCCUCGGAAUAUUGCCAACCUAGGUGGCAACACGAUCACUUCUGGUCCCAAAAAUAUCGUUAGUGGAAAUAACAAUUUCUUUGGCCAACUUGUGGGUCUCGAUGUGCCUGCGGCCGUGGAUGCCAAUGUGCUGACCAACAGGGUUGGAACGGUUACAGGCAACCAGGGUACAGGUGGCAGCGCAGCCGGUUCCUCACUCUCAGCAGCCUCCCAGGCGAUCUCUGGCAAUAUUGCCAACAAGGGCGGUAAUACCAUCACAAAGGGUCCUAAGAAUGUGGUUAGAGGCGAUGGCAACACGUUCAUCACUGGAGUCGAUGGUGAUAUUGCUGCUGGAGUUGGUGCUAAUUUGCUCAACUCUGUUGUGGGCACAGUCACAGGCGGUUCAGGCGGUGCUGGUGGUGCCGGCGGUGCCGGCGGUGCUGCUGGUGGUGUUGGCGGUCUCUUAGGCGGCGUCACUGGAGCUCGCUCGAGCCCUCAAAAUAUUGCCAACAAGGGUGGUAAUACCAUCACAACGGGUCCUAAGAACAUUGUCACUGGAAGCGGCAAUACUAUCAUCAAAGCAGUGGAUGCGGAUGUUUUGGCGGGAGUUGAUGCCAAUGUGCUCAAUAGUGUUGUGGGCACUGUGACAGGCGGAGGCGCUGGAGGCGCUGGAGGCGCUGGAGGCUCUCCUGGUGCUGGUAGCCCAGCCGCUGGUGGUGUCGGUGGUCUGUUAGGCGGUGUUACCGGUACCCUGGGCGGUGUCACUGGCGGACUUUUGGGCGGUGUCACUGGCGGGCUUUUGGGUGGUGUCACUAAAGGCGUUUUGGGUGGUGUCACUGGUGGUGGAGGCGCUGGCGGUCUGGUGGGCGGCGCUACCGGAGGUCUCUUGGGUGGUGGCGGUGCCGGUGGAUCCUCUGGCCGAAAUGUGGCCAACCAAGGCGGUAAUACCAUCACAAAGGGUGCCAAAAAUGUGGUUAGAGGCGAUGGCAACACAUUCAUCACUGGAGUCGAUGGUGAUAUUGCCGCCGGAGUGGGUGUUAAUUUGCUCAACUCUGUUGUGGGCACAGUCACAGGCGGUUCUGGAGGUGCUGGCGGUGCUGGUGGUGCUGGCGGUGCUGGCGGUGUUGGCGGUGUUGUCGGAGGUCUUUUGGGUGGCGGUUCGGGCCAAAACAUUGCAAACAAAGGUGGCAACACCAUCACAACGGGCCCAAAGAACGUGAUUACUGGAAGUGGCAAUACGGUCAUAAAGGGAGUGGACCUUGACUUGGUAGCUGGAAUCGGCGCCAAUGUGCUGAACACCGUUGUGGGAACUGUAACUGGCGGCAAUAUUCCUCGUGACGACAUUGUUCAGGUGGUCGAUCGAGAUGGAAAUCUACUCAUGAACAUCUGGGAUAAGGAUGGCGUGACUGCAACCAAUGUGGCCAAUGACUUCUCCAACACCGUCAACCGGGGUCCCAAGCAAAUUGUGAUGGCUAACGAUACGACGAUCUUGAAGCUGGUGAACUUGGAUGCAUCGGCACUGGCUAAGAUUGAUCUGCUGAACUCGAUCAGAGGCAGCAGCGCUGCCUGCAAUGCCAACAAGCUCGACAACGAGCUGAACACUGGACCGGAGAACGUCGUGGAAGGCAAUCGGAAUACUAUUGUCACGCUGCUGAAUCUCAACUUGGAUGCGUUGGUCAAUUUGCAAGCCCUGAAUAGCGUCAUUGGUAGUGUGGGCAACGAUUGUCCUGUCACACCCGAGCCACCCACACCUGAGCCACCAACUCCGCAGCCACCAACUCCACAACCACCGACUCCACAGCCACCAACUCCGCAGCCACCGACUCCGCAGCCUCCCACACCUUAUCCCCCAACACCCUUCCCACCCACACCCGCGCCUCCCACCCCUAAUCCACCCACGCCCAGCCCCCCUACCCCCAACCCCAACAACUGUUAUCGCCGCUACUGCCGCAGAUGGCGCUAUCGCCCCAGUUACCUGUGCUACAAAAACUGCGGCGGCUCAUACGUCCACAGCCCCUAAGGCAGCGCAGCCCAAAGGAUUCGCUCCGGGCCUUACGUGAGCUGCUUCUAAAAUGGGCUAAGCGAGGCAUCCGUGCGCCCCUCCUAUUUAUAUCGCAUAGCAUGCACCUAUUUAUUUAUUUUGCCUACUUUCUAAGUGAACUUGUUUAAUGUGUUUGAUGUAUUAAAAGACAA